GUUAAACACUGCUGAUAUUCACACUUAAAUGGAAAUAGAGCAGCGCAAGCAAAUUAAUUAAAACGUUUUCUAUUAAAUAACUACAAAAAUUUCGGUGAUACUAAAAUUAAAAUUAGUUUGUUGUGAUUUUUAAACAUAUGAAAAGAAACAAGUUUUUUUAACAAACAACUUUUAUGAAAAUAUAUAUUUGAAUAUCAGAGUGCGUAUAUGACUUAUAUGGGCAAAUCUAAUAUUGCCAAAUUUAAAAAAUCAUUGUUUUUAAUUAGAAAAACAUAAAAAUAUGAAAUAAAAAGGAACUGUGAUUUCCUGGUUUAUCUUUAACCAGAACAAAAAAGUAUGAACUAAACUGUGCAUUUAAAUGUUUUUUCUUUUUGACAAAAAAAGUUAACAAAUUUAUUAAAAAAGGUUUUUUCAAGAUAAUAAAAUCUUAAAACCUUUUGAAAGUUUUAUUUGUAAUACUUGUGCAUCAAAGCUAAACCAGAUAAAAUGGAAGUGUUAUCAAUGCAAAAUCAAUACCCUGAACGUUUUACGAUUAUCGCCAGAGCUACAACAAAAGCUAAUGAUUGGACAACGCCAAUAACGAGCUCUCGAGCAACCAAAUCAUCAUCAAACUCCGCCCACAGUGGCCAAAUUGUUGUUGGCACUCCCCAGGAAGAAGAACUCAUAUGCUGUGAUAAUAGCGAUGCGGCGGCUUGCCAUAAUCUGUCGCUGCGUUUGCUUGACGAAUUGCGUGAGGCCAAGUCUCGCAACUUAACCUGCACGGAAGUCUCCAUACCCUGUGAUCUCACCACACGCAUAGCGUCUGACAUCCUACGCGUCUCCGAACGUGAACCAUGUGGCGUACGCGGUUGCACCGUCUACAUUGAAUUCGAAGAAGAACCCCAAAAUUCGAGACGCAUUGGCACACUUAAGGUGGAUAGCGAAAUGGUUUCAACAUUUGAGCUAUACUUGACUCUGCGUCAAGAUAAACGCGGCUGGGCGUCACUACUGCCGCAAUUCAUGAAGAACCUUUCGCGCAGUGUAACCAUCAGUUCCGACUACAGUCUGACGAAGCACAAACUAUAUUCGCCCUACGAAAGUAGUUAGUGUAUGAGCUCCUAGAGGCUUCAACCCACUACCACCGCCAACACGCCUCUCCGCCCAGCAGCUGACGGUGUUGUUGGUACAGUGAACAACCCACCUUAAGGUAUACUCAUUAUUUGAAAAACAAAUGCAAACAAUAACGCUCAUCAUUAUCAAGAUGCAAAUGAAAGAUUGCUGCCACUGUUAUGUUUAUUUCAAGCUUUAUAAGCCUGUCCAAAUAAUACAACGUCAAAGUAUCUCAAAACAACUAUAAAACACAUUGUGAAUUUGCCACCAUAUUAGCUUGUAAGUAUUUUAUCGUAAUAGUUUUAAGUUUUUUGAGUUGUUAAAAGAAACAAGAAAAACAGAAAAACAACAUAAAUCGGUUUUGUUUUGAUUUCAAAGGAACGAAAAUUGUGAAAAAUAUGGUCAGAUGUUCGCAAAGAUAGCUCCGGCGCUUUUGUAUAUAAAUACAAGCUCCAAAGUGGCCGGAGUUAGCCAUCUACUAUAACUCAUUAAAAUGUGAUACUGAUUAAGUAGUAGAUUAUAGAUGUUAUAUAGUUAGCACUUAGGCGUUUUUUUAAAAUUCAUCCCUCAAACAUAAACAUCAAGAAAUCUGACGUACUUACUCACCUUCAAAAAAAGCAAAUCACCACAAAAUUGAUUUAUUAAAAUUUUGUAUCUUUUCAAAUCUAUAGCUUUUUCUUUGUAAAUGUCUAAAAAUUGAGCUGUUAAAAAAAUAAAGAAACCCCAUAAAACUAAAAUAAAUACAAGAAAACACCUAAAUUCAGUAAAUGAUAUAUAACCAAACCGCAAAGAAAACUCCUCAAUAUUGUGAAUGAUAAUUUAAAAUAAAAAUGCAAAUGCAAACAAAAACACAUGCAUGCAUGCAAAAAAAAAAAAAAAAAAAAAAAACUAGAAACAAACAACUCAAUCUAAACCAACAUUUUUUUCAAACCUUAAUAAAUCUGUAUUAAAAUAGGAAACAAAUUUCAUAACUGCGAUAUUAAAAAUUAAUAUAAAAAAUUAAGAUUAGCGUUUUAAAAUUUUCUCACAUCUAAGUGUUCUCGUAGUCUUACUAAAUAAGCCAACUACUAAAACAUUCAAAUCAAAUAAAGCCUCAAGAAAAAUUUCAAAUUGAAUAUUUUAAAUAUUUAAUAAAAACAUACAAAACAAAUCUAAAAGAAAAUAUGAAGAAAAAUCGAUCCCUCCAGCACUUGAAAAUUUCUGGGAAAACUCUACCAAAACCACCAUAGCAAAUGGAAAUCCAUGAAAUCCACAUUUAAAAAAACUACUUAUAAAAUAUUUUUAACCAAACAACUAUAAAUUGAUCUUAAACUCUUUAAGUGUGUAUUAAUUAGUAUUUAAUGUGAACGCCCCAUCCCCCUCACAAAAACAAAAAACAAAUUAAUUUAUUUAAUAUCAAAAACCAACCAAUAAACCAACAUACAGUAAAAUUGAUUGUCGCUGUUCAAUAUUAAUUUAAUCAAUAUUAUUAAUUAAUCAAUGAUAACAUUUCAAUAAAAUUAUAACAAGGCCCCUACAACAAGAACAACCACUUACAAUAUAUUGCAUAUUUAUCGAAUCAAAAAACAAAAAGGAAAGAAAGAAGAGAAAUUAAAUAUCAAACAAAACAAUUAAAACUCCCAUAAAUAGGACGAAAUAAAACAUUUAUAUGUAUAUGUGCGUGAAAAAUUUAUUAUUUAUUUUUAAAACUUCAAACCACAAUACAGCGAAAACAAAUUACUGAACAAGUAAUAAAAAUCUAUUUUACCAUAAUUUUUAUUAUUAUACUACUAUAAUUGAAUAAACAAACAAACAAAUUAAAUUAACAAACAAAACCCAAAAGAAAGUCUAGUAGUACUUAUAAUGUUAAGUUUUGUCUCUUAUUAUUAUUGUCAGUUUUUUAAAUCAUUAUAGUUAUUAUAAAUGUGUCUGAAAUUGUCUAUGUAGGAACCAUAUGAAAUUAUUAAUUAUGAAACAAAUAAUUACAAAUUUAUUUAUAAAAAAACAACUGCAAAAAAUCCUACAAAAUAAAUUUGAAAAACUAUUCCAACUUCUGCUGUAAUAGCAAAAGUUGGGGAGAAAUUUGUACUCAAAAGAAA